AGAUAAGUUGAGGAUGAAAAAGUAAUUUAAGCGGGCUCAUGUGGUUGCUGGAUGAUGGAUUUGUCAAAGCUUGUUUGUGGAAGUCGAUCACAGAGUACCCGUGCUACUCCUACUCUCCCCUCCCUUCCAUUUGAAAAUUUUGUCGAACACCAUAAGCUCAUAGAAAACCACAGCCUGUCAGUCCCGCAGAGCAGAUUCUUUAUUUAAUUUUCCCUAGGAAUAUUUGCAGAAAUCUGUCUCUAGUGAUUCCUGUUUCAUGAAGAAUCGCAGAUUCAGCUCCACUAAGCUUUUCAUACAUUUUCUCCCAAACAGAAGAUCUCGACCCUUAUUUUAUUUCGCCGGGCCAUCGCUUUCAAAAAGCGCUUCUCUUGGUUGUGCAUGAUUUCCUUUUCUUUUGUCUGCCGCAAGGUAUAUACACGUGCUUGUGAUUUGGCUGCUUUGAUAGAUUGACGUCUGUUCGUUUAAGGGUUAUUGUUUGAACUGGUUAUUGGUUCUGAUAAUCGAUUUAUUAGGUAGCAGACUUGUUGGGUGCUCAGUCUUUGGUUGAAUGGUAAAGAAAUGAGUUGCUUUCCUCGAGAAUUAAGUCUAGCCAUAAUGUUGGCCACCUAUCCUCCAAAUUUGGAGUAUCUGCGAUAUUUCCCAGAUUUCUUUUGGUCAACUAUCCUCUGAAAUAAGUUGCUUCGAUUUGAUCGGCGGAACUUGGCCUAUGCUUUGAUGUUUGUUAUCUCUGACAUGAGUUGCUUAGAUUUGAUCGAGUGAAGUUGGCAUAUGUUUUGGUGUUUGUUUUUGCUUAUUAUGCAGUUGAUGCCUAAUUCCUUCAGGUUAUAGGAGUGAGGUUUCGUUCUUCAUUAGAAACAUGUCAUCUUCAACAAGUUCGGUGCCCAUGAAGAAGCAGACGGUUCCCGAAAAUGAAGUUCAGCAGGUUCAAUUGCUCAAUGGAGUUGAGGAUUUGUACCAAGGAGUUGUUGUAGAAAUAAAGGAAUAUAUCGACUCCAGUAUUUUUAUUCCUUUACUUAGAGCUUCACUUUCACAAUGGAAGCAACAGGGGAAGAGGGGUGUUUGGAUCAAAUUGCCAAUUGAAUUUUCUCAUCUCGUCAAUCCUGUAGUUCAGGAAGGGUUUAGAUACCACCAUGCUGAACCAGAUUACUUGAUGUUAGUGAAUUGGCUACCUUAUACUCCUGAUACUCUUCCAGUAAAUGCAACACAUCGGGUGGGUAUUGGAGCAUUUAUAGUGAAUAAUAAUGGAGAGGUGCUUGUAGUUCAAGAAAAGAGUGGUGGAUUCAAAGGUACUGGGUUAUGGAAGUUGCCUACUGGGGUAGUCAACGAGGGCGAGGAUAUUUGUGAAGCUGCAAUUCGGGAGGUUAAAGAAGAAACUGGAAUUGAGGCAGAAUUUGUAGAAAUUUUAGCGUUCAGACAAAGCCACCGUUCAUUUUUUGGCAAAUCAGAUUUAUUUUUCAUUUGUAUGUUACGACCACUCUCCUUUGACAUCCAGAAGCAAGAAUCAGAAGUUGAGGCUGCACAGUGGAUGCCAAUGGAGGACUAUGUGAAUCAACCAUAUAAUCAAAAACACCAGCUCUUCAAGCUUAUUGCAGAAAUAUGCAAAACUAAGUCAGAGAGCAACUAUGUUGGGUUUUCUGCAUUUCCUACAACCACAGCUUCUGGUAAAAAGACUUACUUAUACUUCAACAGUAGUGAUUUUAGCAAACUCUAAGGCCUUUACCGUGGAAUUUUGUGAGUCUUACAAUGAAAUGUGGUGGUUGAGAUUCUGAGGUCAGUAGUAACGUUCAUUAGUGGACGGAUAAUUGAGAGAUGAUGAAAGAGCCUCUAGAAGAAAACAAAAAUAUGUAAUUUUAGCUAUUGUUGUAAUAAAUUAUCCAUGAUAACAUAGUUUAGUAUCUGAUUGAGACACUUUUGUUUUGAUGUGUUGAAAUAGACAUAUUAUACCUAGUUUUACUGUUACUCAGGGACUCGGACGCAUAUUUCUCCAGUAUUUUGUAUGUGAAUUAUGAAGUAUGGAGUUUAAAGA